AUGAAACCAACUCUCCUACUGAGCUGGUUCUAUUACAUGUGCACAUUCGCCUGGGUCGUGGGGAUCAAUACCACCCUGUCCAUUUUCGUGACGCCGUUGUACGAUUUUGGUCCGCUUCAAAUAGAACUAGGAUAUUUCUAUUUUACUCUCAUCGUUGCCGCCAUCCUGGGUGAAUUCGCCGGUCACUGGCUCCACCAUAUCAUUGCUCUUCUCUACAUAAGACGCCACCCAGGCCGCUUGGAGCCCGAGGCCCGUCUCAUUGCCAUCUGGAUUUCCACCCCUUUUAUCAUCGCUGGCCUUGUUCUCCUCGGUUUUGCCCUCCAACGCCGAUACCAUUACAUGCUCACGGUUCUGGGAUGGGGCCUUCACGUCUUCGGCAUCAUGAUCACGACCGUGGCCAUAACCUCGUACAACCUGGACUCGUAUCCUGAAGGCUCUGGUGAGGUUUCUGCUUGGUUGAAUUUUGCGAGAACCACCGGCGGAUUUAUCGUGAGCUAUUUCCAGGUACGGUAG